GUAGACGUCAACCCGGUGCACAGUGCAGCUCCUCCUCCUCCUCACCACAACUGUUCUCUCAGGUGAUGAGAGACGUCAUGGCGUGUGGAGCAAGGUCUGGCGGGGCAGUCAUGAUGGCCUACCCUCGAGGGGCCACAGUCAUCCUGGUGUCCUACCUGCUCGAGCGCCUCGUCUACUACGGGCUCUUCGGCGGUGCUGUGUUCUACAUGCAGCGGAUGUUGGGCUUCACCUCCUCCUCGGCCACGACGGUCAAGGCCAUUAUGGAAGGCCUCGUCUACCUCGCCCCCAUUGCUGGCGCCAUCCUGGCCGAUGUCUAUCUGGGCAAGGCUCGCACAGUGUUUCUGAUGUGCUGCGGGUACACAGUGGGCGCCGCCAUCUUUACCCUCUCUUCGGUCACUCCCAUCAUGGCCUCCUUCAGCGCCUCCAAAUUUACAGGAGUCUUGGGCAUGCUCGCGCUGGGCGUCUGCGCAGGGCUCAUGAAAGCUGUGUACUCCUCCCUCGGGGCCGACCAGUUCAAAGUCCCAGAACAACGGGAGCAACAGAAGAGGUUCUUUUACGCCUUCUACUGGAUGAUCAACGCUGGCACCUUCGUCGGGCUAUUCAUAACAGCUCAAAUACGAGACUCUGUCCAGUGCUUCGGUGAUGACUGCUACUUCCUCUCCUACAUUAUAAUGGCCGGCCUCAUGGUUGUCUCCACCGUCAUCUUCGCUGCUGGACGGUCGCAGUACAAGGAGGGGCCCCCAGACAAAAUGAUAAUAAGAGCAGUUCGAUGCAUUGCACAUGCAGUCACUAAGACCUGGGAUAAGGACCGAAAGCCUGUGCAGCACUGGCUUGACCGUGCUCAGGACAAAUUUGAUUCUCAGUUGCUGCUGGACGUGAAGGUGACAUUGCGUGUUCUUCUGCUGUUCUGCACCUUCCCGCUCUUCUGGGCUCUCUUCUAUCAGACCUCCACUGGUAUGAUAUUCCAGGCCAAACGUCUCGACGGUAUGGUGGGCAGCUAUAGGAUCCCGCCAGAGAUGUCUUCCACUGCCAACCCACUGCUCAUUUUAGCUCUCAUUCCGCUCUUUGAUUUUGUGGUCUACCCUUUGUUGACCCGCGUUGGCGUCCUCACCAAGACCACAUCCCGGAUGAUCGCGGGGAUGUGCUUCACCAUCAUCGCCUUCCUGGUCUACGCACUGGUGAACAUGAGCGUGGAACAGACUUUCAUUCCUCCAGAGCAGGCGAGAAUCCACGUUUACAACGCACUGCCUUGCCAGAUGGUGGUGGAGGUGCCCUUCGUCAAGACCGGUCAGCUGAGUGUGGAGAGCGGAGGCCAGGUGGUUCUGCCUGGCUUGACUGUCACACAUGGUGAUGAGGUGGAGGCCAAGGUGACAGCCUCCUGCCUCUCCCCAGACAUGAGGCAGGUGAGAGUGAGGGUGCUGGGUGCCCAUGAGACAACACUCCUUGUCACCUCCACUGGCGUGCUGGCUCUCCCUCCCACACUCGAGUACAUCAAGGACGAAGAUGCAGAGACCAAAGUGCGGGUGUUGGCGCCUGCGCACAACGAGCUCAACGUGACGCUCACGUACGACACCAUCCUCCACAACUUCCAGCUCCUGGAGGGAAAGACGGAGUUCCAGCGCAUCAGUCCCCAGGAGUACAAGGUGAUGGUGGAAGAGGUGGAAGUUGGGGAGGCUGCAGUGUACCAGGACGGUGUGUACGACAUCGUCAUCACCACCACCGACGUCUUCCUCUUCCCCAUGACGGCCCCUGCAAACGUCCACAUGUUAUGGCUCCUUCCCCAGUACGUCCUCAUCACCAUCGGCGAGGUCCUCUUCUCAGUCUCUGGCAUGGACUUUGCUUACUCGCAGGCCCCGAUGGCCAUGAAGUCUUCACUACAGGCAGCCAAUCUCUUCACAAUUACUGCCGGUUUGUGGCUCUUUGCAGGACUAACAAGCCUGAGCUCUGCCACGGGGGCCUUCAAGCACCGGGCCUCUCACGAAGCCUUCUUCUAUGCUUGUCUCAUGUCCGUCAACACCAUAAUUUUCUUCAUGUUGAUUAAGAGAUACAACAAAAACUCGCCAGUAGACCCGGGAAAGGAGUCGAAGAUGACAAGUGAAGCCUGUGAGCGAGACCAACAACAAUUAGCUUCUCACGACAAUCCCGCAUUUGUCAUGGAACGGUCUGUGUAGCCAUAUUUCCUGUGACGACGGUCACGGCCGGAUUGUCCAAGUGUCUCGUAUGAACAACGCCUUCUCCAUGCAGUCCUCAUGGUGAAGUGGUAAUUAAAACACGCGUUUGGCGUUUCACGAUCGCUCUGUCCUGGGUUCGUAUCCUGGCCAGGGAGGAUUUACUGAGUGUUAAUCCUUAACUGUCGCCUCUGCUUACCCAACAGUAAAAUGUGUACCUGGUUGUUAAACGAUUUGGCGGGUCGUAUUCCAGGGAACAUAAGAUUAAGGACUUGCCCGAAACGCUAUGCAUGCUGGUGGCUGUACAAGAGUGCAAGAAUUCUUAUAUAUAUAUAAAGAAAACAAUGAAUUCUAAGUGAGUGUCCUGGUGCUACAUAUCCUGAGGUCAGUGUGUGUCCUGAGGUCAGUGUGUGUCCUGGCGCUGUGUUCUGAGGUCAGGUCAUGUCCUAAGGUCAGUUUGUGUGUCCUGGUGCCACGUGUCCUAAGGUCAGUGAGUGUCCUGGUGGUCUGAUGAGAAGUCUCCUGAGGUCAGAGAGUGUUCAAUUAGGAGUUUUUAAAAUUAAUAUAUGCAGUGUGAUGCACAUUGCAUGCUUUCUGGGAGAUGGAUUUUAUUUAUUUACUUAUUUAUUUAUUUGUUUAUAUACAAGAAGGUACAUUGUGUUUGUGAGAGUACAUAACAUUGUUCUUCUUACGAAGGCAUGUGCCAUUAACAGGCAUAGCGUUUCGGGCAGGAAUGAAGUCAUUAGUAGUUUACCUGAAUAUAUCUGAGAGCUACUAUCUCACUAGUGGCCAAAGAGCCAAAGUAGCGGAAGGAAGAUCCACGGUGAUAUGAUACGAACAAGCCACUGGAUGCUACUCUUUCAAGCCUGACAAAAAGAUAUUCAGAGACAUUGCAGUAGCCAGACUCAGACUUGGUUACAAGUGCUGCUGGGAGGAAAUAAACCCAAUAGUUAAAGAAUGUUAUAUCUGUGGAACAGGAGCAAAGGCACCACUACUGCACUACUUACUGGAAUGUGAAGCUACUAAAGUCCUGCCCAUCAAACUCAACAUUAACCCAACGACAGCAGCUGCAUUAGAUGCAC